AUGAAGGGAUUUAUUGUUUUUGUGGCUGUAGCAAUCAGUUUGGUAUAUGCAGAUGAGGGUUCAGAAAAGAGAGCAGUUAUCAGGAGGGUAACCAGAGAAGCCAUAAGCGGCAUGGGCGGUGUUUUUCUGAAGCAAACAGAAAAGAAUGUAAUUUAUAAUUGCAAAGCUAACGGACUUUCCUAUGAUGGUGCUGAGAGUCUACAGAACACAUUCGAUAAAAUGACACAAUGUAUGUCAAGCCCAAGAAUAUUUUCAGUACCAAAAGCAGAAUAUAUUGACAAUAUUGUAUCCUGCAGCAAACAGGCUAUUACUGAAACUAAAGAUUGCUUACCAGAAGAACAGAAGUACUUCCCAGAAUUCGUUUUAGACUUAGCCAAAUCUCUAGUCAGUUUCAUGUACGAUGACAAACCUGUUUUAGCAUCUCCAGAAAUUCCUCGUUGCAUGAAGAACUUCAUAAGGAGUGAGGUUCAACAAGACUACAUUGGAUGUAUGACUACUGUUGCUGCUCAAACUCACGAUACUCAAGAAAUUCCCAAGUCGAAGGCUGAAUUUUGCAGUAAAUUCUUGCCAGCUGGAAACUGUUUCCCAAAAACCUUAAAUAAGUACUGCUCCAAUGACUCAAAGGUACAAAAAUUCACCAGCGACUAUACAAGAGCUUUGGAACAACCAUGUGAAACAAAAGAACAAUAA